AUGAUUACCCGGCGCGCCGUGGAGAGUAUCUCGUGUGACAAGUGUGAGUCCAUUGGGGCCGAGUGCGUAUACCGGCUUCGGAAGCUACGAACGCCGCGACCUAGGAAACAAGGGUACCUGCGUGCCCAUGAUUCAGGUUCAAUAGUUCCCACAUUGGACAAUGGGAACGAGAACAACGAGAACAAUGUUCUAAUAGAUGUUCUCAACCGCCUCAAACGUCUAGAAGAACAUUGUGGCCUGGAGAAAGGUCCAGACACUGACGAACAUGCCGAUCUCUCAAUGUCACGUUCGUCCGUCGAUUCGGAUAUAUCUAGACCUGUGUUCUCGGACAAGUCGCACGGUCCAACCCCGCCCGGCGUGAUCGGUGGUAUCUUGAGUCGCAUCAAAGACCCAAAAAGUCGGGCACUUCUUCUCACCAAUGUAUUCAGUCAUCUACGAGCAGUCGAAUCAUGCUUUUUUGAAAAUGAAACCUGCAUGGCGGCCAUCGCUGCUGCGAUGCCACAAAUUGAACAUCUUCAAAACACACCAGUCGACGAGGGGCUAGCAAGCCCUGACCUUCCACACGACCUAGCAAGGAAAUUUAUUCAGAGCAAGUUCAUUUCUCUUUUUGUCGUCGCAUAUUAUUACGAUAUCUAUCAGUUUGAAGGAUUCAAAAUUCCCCUGGAAAAAAGCUUUCUGCUGUCCAUUCCCGAUCUACUGGACAAUCCUCACGUUCAGCUUGACUAUAAGUCCCAAAUCAUCUAUUAUGCCCUUACUCUGUCAGGGAUCGUAUUAGACCCCGGCUCUCACAACGAGAAUGGUGCCUUGAUCAAACAUCUCUACCGGAAGUGUCUGACACUAGCCAAUUGCUGGCUUGACCACAUCCAGAAUACACCUGUUGAUCUGUAUACGGCAGUUCUCAUGGCAAGUACUGGCACACACCUUUACCAGAUGUCAAUGGCGCUCGAGAGCUGCAACAGCGAGAUGUCCUGGAAGAUGCUUGGUCAUGCCUUAACGAUCGCCAAGGCCUUGGGCUAUUUCUCCAUGGACGAGAAUCCAGAAGGGACAGAUGUACAGUCAUCGCCCUCGCAAGUAUCGACAGUCGAUGAGACCGAAACAGAGAAAAAUCGAAAACGAUUUGAGUUCUGGCAUCUACUUCGGACUGAUUGUCUUUUUCGACUGUCCUUCGGCAAGCCGACUCUUAUCCCACCGGGCUCCUGGAAGGUCAACUUCCCCGAUCCUACGAUUACUGGCGUCGGCGACGAAUCUUCUCGUUUUAUCCAAAUCCAUUUCCUGGCUUCUAUGCGACUAGCCCUAGUUGUGAUGAAAUACCUUGACUGGGUUGACCUGGGACCAGACCCUAACCCGGUCUCGCAUGAUGCAACGAUUGACAGCUUCCUUGAGGAGGUACAGCUAAUCAUGCGAGAUUGGGACACGGACGAGCUUCUUCGAAUGGCUAAGACGCAGAUCGACACAUGGUUCUGCGUGGACAUGAUUUUCAGCAGCUACAAAAUCCUAAUCAUUCUUCACCAGUCGAAGAAGAGUGGGCAGGAAAAAGACCGUUUGCCACAUGAAACCGUGGAUAUAUCAAGAAAGUCGAUACAAGCGUUCCAGUCCCUUCUAGGAUCAUCACUAAACGCAUAUUGGGGAAUAAGUCUUAUCUUGCUCCAGCAAUUCAUCCCGUUUUUCAUCCUAUGCUUGGAUAUCAUUGGGAAUCCUGAGCAUGAAGAUAUCGAGUCGGACCUUGCUCUAGUGUGCUGGGUCAAUGACCACGUCGAGAAGAUCGUUGAUGAACGUGUUGAGCUAAGACCUGUGAUGAUCAUUAUGAAGGCCAUGAUUACUGCCUGCAAUCAAGUUGCGAGAACCGUCUAA